GGACUGGCAGGCCCGGCGGCGACAGACGAAUUAGCCGGGAGUCCCUAGUCCCUGAAGCAGCCUCUGCCCCUCAGCGGUGCCGGCUGCGGCCGCGCGUCGCCGAGGCGGGACAGGUGCUACGCGGCGGACGCUGUGGGGAUCCCGCCGCGGCCGAAGGCGACGCUCGCCCCGUCCCGCCGGCCGCGCGCCCAGCCAGCCGCUCGCCGUCGGGGCGUCCCGCGGUCCGGGGCUCUGGGCCCGGCUGGGAGCGGAUGCGCGCCCUCUGAGCCCCCGCCUGGCCCGCGAUGGCCGCGCGCCCCGGGCCCCUCUGGCUCCUGGGCCUGGCUCUGUGCGCGCUGGGCGGCGGCCCCGGCCCGCGACCCCCGCCCAGCUGUCCCCAGCGGCUCCUGGGAGCGCGCGAGCGCCGCGACAUGCAGCGCGAGAUCCUGGCGGUGCUCGGGCUGCCCGGGCGGCCCCGGCCCCGCGCGCCGCCCGCCGCCGCCCGGCUGCCCGCGUCCGCGCCGCUCUUCAUGCUGGACCUCUACCACGCCAUGGCCGGCGACGACGACGAGGACGCCGGGCCCCUGGAGCGGCGCCUGGGCCGCGCCGACCUGGUCAUGAGCUUCGUCAACAUGGUGGAGCGUGACCGUGCCUUGGACCACCAGGAGCCCCACUGGAAGGAGUUCCACUUUGACCUGACCCAGAUUCCAGCCGGGGAGGCAGUCACAGCUGCUGAGUUCCGGAUUUAUAAGGAGCCCAGCAUCCAUCUGCUCAACAUGACCCUGCAUGUCAGCAUGUUCGAGGUGGUCCAGGAGCACUCCAACAGGGAGUCUGACUUGUUCUUUUUGGAUCUUCAGACGCUCCGAGCUGGGGACGAGGGCUGGCUGGUGCUGGACGUCACGGCAGCCAGUGACCGCUGGCUGUUGAACCGUAACAAGGACCUGGGACUCCGCCUCUGUGUGGAAACCGAGGAUGGGCACAGUGUGGAUCCUGGCCUGGCCGGUCUGCUGGGGCGACAGGCACCACGCUCCAGACAGCCUUUCAUGGUCACCUUCUUCAGAGCCAGCCCAAGUCCUACCCGUGUCCCACGUGCAGUGAGGCCCCCGAAGAGGAGGCAGCCAAAAAAGCCCAAUGAGCUGCCGCACCCCAACAAACUCCCAGGGAUCUUUGAUGACAGCCACGGCUCCCGUGGUCGGCAGCUAUGCCGUCGGCAUGAGCUCUACGUCAGCUUCCAGGACCUCGGAUGGCUGGACUGGGUCAUCGCCCCUCAGGGCUACUCGGCCUAUUACUGUGAUGGAGAGUGCUCCUUCCCGCUGGACUCAUGCAUGAAUGCCACCAACCAUGCCAUCCUGCAGUCCCUGGUGCACCUGAUGAAGCCAGACACUGUCCCCAAGGCGUGCUGUGCGCCCACCAAGCUAAGCGCCACGUCUGUGCUUUACUAUGACAGCAGCAACAACGUCAUCCUGCGCAAGCACCGCAACAUGGUGGUCAAGGCCUGCGGCUGCCACUGAGGCCACACCAAGGCCCUGCGGACCUGCCCUGCUGCAGCCGCCGCUCCCCAUCGGGGUCAGCCCGCUCUCCAGAGGCAGGAAACC